GACCACAGGAGAAGCGGGAGUUGCGCUACAGUCUCGAGCUACAAAAACAGUGAUAGUGCGUUAAGUUGAGACAAAGUCCAGCAGUUUUUCAGCUCGAAGCUCUCAGAGCUGUUUUCAGUGAGCUGCUUCUGCUUGUUGAAGCAUGACUGAGACAGAGUUAUACACGCUGUACAAAGGCGUCUAUGUGCCUUCAAGUCUCCAUCCGCCCGAGAGCCUCAGGUACUACGAGGAGUUUGCGUUUCGUCCGGAUGACAUCCUUAUUGUAACGUACCCCAAGUCUGGUACGACAUGGAUGCAGGAGAUGCUCCCUCUCAUCAUCAGCGGAGGGGAUCCGGCCUCCGUUGAGACUCUCCACAACUGGGACCGUGUUCCAUGGCUGGAGGAGAAUCGAGCCCUCACCCUCAACCUUGAAAAGAGGCCGUCUCCACGCAUGUUUACAACUCACUUCCACUACAGCAUGAUGCCGCCAUCCUUCUUUGAAGUUAAACCAAAGGUCAUCUAUGUCAUGAGGAACCCCAAAGAUGUGUUUACGUCUGCUUUUCACUAUUUCGGGUCAACUUCGUUCCUGGUGAAACCAGGCCCACAGAGCGAGUUCCUCCAGAAGUUCCUAGAUGGAGAAGUUAUAUUUGGUUCCUGGUUUGACCAUGUGAAGGGUUGGCUCAAUGCUAAAGAUAAGGAGUCCAUCAUGUACAUCUCCUAUGAAGAACUUUUAAAGGACCUGAAGGACUCUGUGGCCAGAAUCGCUCAGUUCAUGGAGAAAUCUCUGGAUACUGAAGUAAUAGAGAAGAUAGCAGACCGAUGCUUGUUCAAGAACAUGAAGAAAAACAGCAUGUCGAACUACUCGGCUGUUCCUAAAGAAAUCAUGGACCAGAGCAAGUCUGAAUUCCUCAGGAAAGGAAUUGCUGGAGACUGGAAGAAUCAGCUAACAGAGGCAGAAGCAGAAUGCUUUGAUGCUGUUUACAAAGACAAAAUGAAAGAUGUCAAAUAUAAAUUUGUUUGGGAUUAAAAGACUAAAUGAAAGUCAUUUCAUCAUAGAAUUAGAGAAACAAAGUAGAGCAUUAAAUAGUUUGUUGAUAUGUAUUCAUGACGUAAUUUCGUAGUUAUCAACAUAAAACUGGUAACAGCAUUCUGAUUGGUGCAAAACCAAAAUCAGCUCUGUUUAAGUGAAACCCUGGUGGAGUGAGGGGGUUGUCAGGGUCGAUGUCAGUGAUGAUGUUGAAAGAGUCCGCGAAAUAAUUUUCCACUAGGCUAGAGAACUGUGAAACUUAAAAUAUCCAAUGUCACUGAACGAGAGUGGCAAUAGGACCAGUAACAUGUAACAUGUAUUUGUUUAUUCUAUGCCAUUUUGUUUUCUGCUUCCAAACUUUCAAAUGAUGUACUUUUAACUCAAUACCAUUUAUAUUAACUCUUAAGUUGCUUAUUCUGCAGAUUUUAAAGCAUAAAAUGUGAUAAAAAGCUAUAUUGUUACAGAUAAAGCUACCCCCUGAUGCACAAGUAAUUAAAAGCAUGUGAUAUAAACAUUCAAAAAUUAUAAUCUAGUAAUAUAGUGCAUAUAUUCUGCAUAAUUAAAGUAUAUUCUAAUGCUCAAACAUUUGUUCCAUUACUUAAGUAGAUUUAUGCCUUUAUUCAAUAUGAAACAGUUUUUACAUUUGGGUGCAAUGCCACUUUACAUAUAAUACUUUUGCAUCCGCACACAGGUCUGCACAAGUAUGCAAGUUUUCCUGUGCUGUGUGUUUUUCUGGUCAAAUGCUCUGAAGUGUCACAAGGAGUUAUGCUACCCUCUGUAGCUCAGAUCGUACAUCUUGUCUGUUAAAGUGGUCACUGUGCCAGAUUAAAGCCCUAAAACCUUG